GAUGUUAGUCAAUUUGUUAAUUUCUUAUAGGUCUCAAACAGUGCAUGCUAAGAGGAUAUUCCUAUGUUGAUGGCGUUGAGGAAUUGCUCCACAGUUUGAAAAGAAACAACUAUGAAUUGCAUGCUUUUACAAACUAUCCAAUAUGGUACAAGAUGAUUGAAGAGAAGUUACGGCUCUCCAAGUAUUUGUCAUGGACAUUUUGUUCUUGUAUAAUUGGGAAAAGGAAGCCUGCUCCAGAAUUUUAUAUGGAAGCAUUGCAUCAUCUUGGAGUUGAGCCAGCAAGCUGCAUCUUCAUUGAUGACAGGAUGGCAAAUGUUGAGGCAGCUGUGAAUGUAGGCAUGUUUGGGUUGCAUUUCAGGAAUGCAGAUACCCUCAAACAAGAAUUAUCUUCAUUGGGGGUUGAGGUUGUUACUUUGGAUAACUUAUAAGCCAGAAUCUAUUUUCCAUUCUUAGAUGAUAAUCUCAUCAUCUUUCACCAAUUUGUUUCAAACUGUUGUUCCUAUUAGGCUGCAUAUGUCUGUAUAGUAUCUUUCAGGGGUAUUUUUUUUUUUUUUUUAAGGUUUGUUUGCAUAGAUUGUAUUUGCUAUGCCGUAUUUCUUUGCCGUUUCAUUCCUUGAUCAUUUGGAAUGCUCCCCAGAAAAUACUAUGACAAUAUCAGUCAUCUUAAUGGACUUGCACCGUUUUUCAGAAAAUAACAACAACAAGUGACUUGUA